AUGACAGUAGUUGCGUAUGCUGAGAAAUUUGAAGAUAUGGCUGCUUAUUCUAUACAGGCCGAGUACGCACCAGAUGAGAAGUGGAAGAUUGAUCAAUUCCUUUUUGGUCUAAGAGGUGAAAUUUCUCAUAGUGUUUCUCAAAGGGAAUUUACUACUUAUGCUGAAUUGUUAAGGCAAUGCUCUAUGGCUGAGACCAGUUUGAAGAAAGUUCAAGAAGAAAUAGAUCAUUAUAGGAGUGGACAGAAGGACCAAGGGAGGCCGGGUAACCAGUUUAGGCCUAGACCUCAAUCUUUUAAGGGAAAACAAGUACAACAUGCAAGACCUAACCAUCCUCCACAAUGUCAAGUAUGUAAGAGGUCUCAUUUUGGAAGAUGUGCUGGAAGUGAAAUUAAGUGUUUUACUUGUCCGAGGGAGGGACACAUGGCUAGGGAUUAUCCUCAGAAUAAGAAUCAGAUGCAGGGGAGGAGCACUAGUCGAGUUUAUACUUUGGAUGCAAGGAAGGCUAAGAUCAAUAAUGCCUUAAUUGUUGGUAUGUUUCUUUGUAUGAAGCGUCUUGGCUUGCAAGCAAUUCCCUUGUCGCCUCCUAUGGUGGUUACUACCGCCAUGGAUGAUGUGGUUGAGACACCGUUAAUUUGUGAGAAUUGUUCUCUCUCGGUGAAUGGUAGAAUUUUCCAGAUUGAUCUUAUUUGGUUACCACUUAAGAAGGUUGAUGUGGUUUUGGGGAUGGAUUGGCUUUCCGCUAAUUCAGUGUUUAUUGGAUGUGAAGAGAAGUUGAUUAUCAUUCCAUCUAGUGAAGCUACUCCAAAGGAUGUAUUAACUACUAUCUUGGAAGGUACGGUUCGCAUGGUUAGUUUCUUAUUUGAGAAGGAAAUGCCAGUUCUCUUGGUUCUCACCAAGGAAUAUAGCGACAAUCUGAAUGUUAAGUAA